GUCUAUGGUGCAUGUGUCUGCCCCUCCCUUCACUUUGCACCUACAUGCGAACUCUCUUCGGCCCCACCUCGACGGGGCGCGGUCCCGAGGGUGGAGUUCACCGCCUCUACUCUGGGAACUUUAGCCUACACUCUUUGUACUGUCCGCUGCUCUAAGUCGAGCCGCACUUCUCCUCCGGGUCUGCACUUUAUUUGGAAACUGGUUUUAACUGAACCGUUCACGGGAAGGGCACCGUGCUGGAAGAUGAUGGCUCCAGAGCCGCUGCGUUCAGCAAUGACUAGUAAGGGAAGGGAGGAUACGUCGCUCGCGUUGCCCUCCGACAACAAGCUGCACUCGGGACAGCAGCGCGUGCUGCAUCAAGUGCACACUAUCGAGAGGAGCAAGUCCAAACACGGGAAGAACGGCUCAAUAUCCCCCUCACCAACAAGCCUGUCUCCCCAGACUUUGACAACAUAUGAGUUUGGAGCGUUCAAGUUUUCUCCAUCCAAAGCAAAUGGCACCUUCAGUCGUACCAGCUCCACAGGCUACAACAAAUCGGUAAAUACUCAGAAGAGUCGUACCCUAUCCGCUAGGUCCAUGAGAGGAAGACAAGUCAGCUCAGGCACAUGGGAACAGCAAAUCAACACUUCCAGCUGGCCCCAGGGUACCAAUGGGCUGAGAUCUGCUCGCAGUGACCCAUCUUUGGCUCCUCCAUUUUCUGCAACCACUAUGCGAGGCAAAGGGAUGUUGGCCCAGGGCCAGCAAAGCCUUCAGAGUCGGAUAAAUAGAAACAGCAUCUAUUCUGUGACCAACGGCACACAGAUGACCAACAGCCAGACACGCCUCGUCCGGCUGCCCUCUGCCUUGUAUCGCACUGAAGGCAAAAUGGGCACCUUCAAAACAUCCAGAAUAGAGCAGCAAUCAGCGGUGAACAGUGCGAUAAACAUGUCAGACAUGACCAUAAAGGAGGCUGUAGAGUUCAUGUCUCACCCUGAAGAGAAUUACCAGCAAUGUGGAGCCACCUUCAUCCACCACAUCACCUUCAAAGAGGACGGCGCCAAACAGGAGGUUUUCCACCUAGGAGGUAUCCCCGCUCUGGUGACCCUGCUGCGGAGCCCCAAUCCUGGGGUGAGCCAGGCUGCUGCUGGGGCUCUGAGGAACCUGGUGUUCAAAGACCAGGACAACAAGCUGGAGGUUCAGCACUGUGGCGGUAUAGCCAAGGCCCUGCAGCUACUUAAGGAGACAAAUUCUACUGAGACCCAGAAACAAAUCACUGGCCUUCUGUGGAACCUGUCCUCUGCCGAUGAGCUGAAGGCAGAACUUAUAGCUACAGCGCUGCCUGCCCUGACUGAGAAUGUGGUGGUGCCAUUCACCUGCUGGUCAGACAACAGCGCCAACAACAACAUACACCCCGAUGUCUUCAACAGCGCCACAGGGUGCCUGCGAAACCUGAGCUGCGGCCAACAGAAGGAGAGGCGGGCAAUGAGAGAGUGCCGUGGCCUCAUUGACUCCCUCAUGGGUUAUCUCGAGUCCUGUGUGGCGGAAGAAAGCCCUGAUGAGAAGUCUGUGGAGAACUGUGCAUGCAUCCUCCAUAAUUUGACCUACCAACUGGAGGACGAGUCUCCUGAGUGCUUCAGCAAGUUCCAACCUGAGAGAGAGGGCCAACGUGGGAAAAGUAAAAGCCCCACGAUUGGAUGCUUCAGCCCAAAGAGCAGCAAGGCUCAAAAGGAGUUUUUAUUUGACCCGGUGCGGGGAAUGCCAGAGGACAGCAAGCCAUCAGGUGUGAAGUGGUUGUGCCAUCCCAUAGCCAUGCAGACCUACCUGUCUCUGCUGGGCUCGUCCCAGAAUAGUGCCACACUGGAAGCCUGCUGUGGUGCCCUGCAGAACCUCACUGCCGGCAAGGGACUGGGGUCCAGUGUCAUGUGUCAGAUUCUGGUUCAAAAGCUGGGGGCUCUACUGCACAUGCCCCAUCUUUUAAAGUCUCCUAACCGGAGCCUGCAGAAGACUGCCAUGUCCCUUCUGGGUAACAUGUCUCGGACCAGCAGUUUGCAGACCUCCAUGGCAAAGCAGAUUCUGCCUGAUCUCACCAGCCUGGUCUCCUCUGGCCCCCGAGAGAUGGGAAGCUCUGACGAAACUAUAGCAACAGCAUGCAGCACAUUGCGGAGUCUGAUGUUGGCAGACACUGAGGUCAGCAAGAAGUUCGUCAAAAGUGAAUUGGUGUCAUCAGUGGCUGACCUCAGCGAGAACAGGUCUUUCUCCAAAGGCAGCAAAGCAGCUUCCUUGCUCCUCUACAGCUUAUGGAACGAUAAGAAUUUGCAAGGAGUAGCAAAAAAGCUGGGGAUGGCCAAAUCACUUUUUGUCAAUGACAACACCACAGCUAUGCACAGGUCGGUGAAAGUUGUCGAGUGAGUGUGAAGGACGAGUGGAAAGGCACCACAGAGCCUGAGAGAUGGGAUCCAGCAUGUUUAGACACCGAUGUGGCCACACCCUUGCAACGAGGAGAGUAAAAUUACAUUCUUUACAUAAUAACCUUGUUGAAAGAGCCUAUUAAUUAAGAGUCAGUCAUACAUUGUAUAUACUUUAGUGCAAAGAGAGCUUUUAAUUUCAUCCUGCAGUGUUUAAUUUGAAUAUGUUUUGUCUGUGAAUAGAAAGUGGUAAAGUAUGCAUGCAUGAAUCCCAGUUCUUCUGGCCUGACAGCUGCAAUACACCAGGCAAUGUAAUCUGCAGUGAAAGUUACUUAAGGCAUGCAGUGAUUAUUUACAUUCAUGAAUGGCAUUGUUGUCAGAUGUGUCUGUCUGCAGUGGCUAAAUGAUAAAAUAUCUUGUGGGGCCUUGAGGAUUGAGCAGACAAAAAAUUAAGUAAUAAGAAAAAUAUAUGAAAAGCUAAAAAAGAAAAAGAAAAGACUGUUUAUUUUGUAAUACUGUCACUACCAGAUCAAAUCUCAUACAUCCAGUUGGGAUUUUUUUUUUUUUACUUUGCUGUGUUUGCUGUUUCAUUCUGUGAGUCAGAAUGUUGUAUUGCAAACAAUUAAUUAAGAAGAUCGAUACCACUCUCGUGUCUGCACAUUGAAUAUGAAGCUGCAACCAGCAGCCAGUUAGCCUAGCUUAGCACAAAGACUGGAAAUAGGGAAACGGCUAGCCUGGCUCUGUCCAAAAGAAACAAAAUCCACUUACCAGCACCUAUAAAACUCAACAAUUAACACUUCAUAUGUCGUUUGUUUAAUCCCUAGCGUUAAAACAACACUUAGUGGUUUUACAGGGUUUUGGGACCAGCAAAACAACAAUGUGUCAUUUAUACACUUUGGUUUUUGUGUGGAUUAUACAAACAAGAUAUAAAGUGUUAAGAAGGAGAAAUAUGUUACCUUUGGACAGAGCCAGACUAUUUGUUUCCAGUCUUUGUGCUAAAACAAGCUGACCAGCUGCUGGCAGUAGCUUCAUAUUAAUCGGACAGAAACAAGAGCGGUGUCGAUUUGUUACUUACCACCGAACGAGAAAGUGAAUAAGUCAAAAUAUUCUAUAGUAUAAGUGCAGUACUAAAAGCCUUGUUUUUUUCUCUUGCUUUGUCAUAAACCUGCUUUUUGAAUGUUACAAAUUGUAUGCUAUACAGUAUAUUGUUUUGAUAGUUUGUUUUCUUGCAUAAACUGAAGAAUUGGAGACAGAGAAGUAUUGGAAUAUAGUACACAACAUGCAAAAUCAGCUCUCCCCAUUCAUGUAUUAACAAUGUAUAGAAAAUUGGUUUAAUAUAUAAAUAUUUAUAUUAUAUAAAUAGUCAUUGAUUCCCCUGGAAACCCUUUUUAGUCUAAUUUGAACAUUUGUUUAAUAUUAUUAAUUAUACAUGUUUUUAUUUAAAAUAAAUGGUUCUUCAUCUAAAACCUUUUAUAGGUAUUUGUAUUAAAAGUUGUAAGGGCUCAAUAAAGAGUAUCUGCUCUCAUAAUCAAACUACUGAAAACUGGUUAAAUCCUGCUCAAAUUCCAAUGCUUUUUGAAGACCCAGCAUUACAAAUCACUGAAGCGAAGAGAGGAGAUGUUUGGAAAUAUGUGGAGAUUCCCCAUGACUCUUAACAAUACACUGCAGUGGAGUGGACUUUUGGUGUGGUUUUUUGUUUGUUUUUUUACGCUUAAGACAUAUAUUCCUGCUAAGGUUCACUUGCCUCCAGGAAGACUGAUGUCAGUAUUGCUUAGAAUGUAUUAUUGGAGAAAUUUGUGUGUGACAUUUUAUUAGAAGCUUUUCCUGUCACUCAGUCUGUAUAUAGAAUAAAUAACAAAUAUGACGACAA